CACUGCAAAAGCCAUCAGCGACUGCUAAAAGCCUCUAGUCAUGUGCAUAUAUAUGUGACGUCAUUUUGUUGAAUAAAAUGCGAAUACGCGCUACGAGCGACGCUCGAUACAUUUUCACGAGGGUAAUGUAAGAACAGCGGUGAUAGAUUUAACAUAGAGUCAUAAACAAAGGGGAUUGUUAGGUACACUUACAGCAGCAGCAGCAACAGCAGCAUCAGACUGCUUCAGUAAACGGUUGAGAGUUGAGAGUCCGAGCAUUUUGAAGUCGGACAGGUAGGAAAUUGAUAUAAAAAACGUGACUGAUAAACCGCGCGCGCGUAAAUAACUUGGGCGAAUCUCACCCAUACAACAUUUGCCAUGGAAACUACUGGCAACAUUUCAGACCUUCUCUAUGCGCUUUCUAACCCUGCGUUGUCGAAUGGCAGUGGAUUCUGCCGAAACUUCAGCAGCUCCGGUCUCGUGAACAUGAACAGCUCCAGAUGUGACAGGACGGCAGAGCUGGACAAAGGCGCAACUCCUGUUGUAGUAGCGAUCAUCAUCACUACGUUAUAUUCUAUAGUGUGUGUGCUGGGACUAGUGGGCAACGUCCUCGUCAUGUAUGUUAUUAUAAGAUACACCAAAAUGAAAACUGCGACCAACAUCUACAUCUUCAAUCUUGCUUUAGCAGAUGCCUUGGCAACAAGCACUCUGCCCUUCCAGAGUGUGAACUACCUGAUGGGUACAUGGCCUUUUGGAGACAUUCUGUGCAAGAUUGUGAUGUCCAUUGAUUACUACAACAUGUUCACCAGUAUCUUUACCCUUACCACUAUGAGUGUCGACCGCUACAUCGCAGUUUGCCACCCGGUUAAAGCCCUGGACUUCCGAACCCCCAGAAAUGCCAAGAUUGUCAAUGUGUGUAACUGGAUCCUUUCAUCUGCCAUCGGUCUCCCUGUCAUGGUCAUGGCCUCCACCACUACUGAGUACCAAGGCACGUUUGCAGUCACUGACUGCACUUUGCUCUUUCCCCACCCCACCUGGUACUGGGAGAACCUCCUGAAGAUCUGUGUCUUCAUCUUUGCCUUCAUCAUGCCCGUUCUCAUCAUCACCGUCUGUUAUGGCUUGAUGAUCCUUCGCCUGAAAAGUGUGCGCAUGUUGUCUGGUUCUAAGGAGAAGGACCGCAACCUACGGCGCAUCACCCGUAUGGUCCUGGUGGUGGUGGCAGUUUUCAUCGUCUGCUGGACGCCGAUCCACAUCUUUGUGAUCAUCAAGGCCCUGGUGACCAUUCCCAGCUCACUCCUGCAGACCGUCAGCUGGCAUUUCUGCAUCGCUCUCGGCUACACCAACAGCUGCCUCAAUCCGGUGCUCUACGCCUUCCUGGAUGAGAAUUUCAAGCGUUGUUUCAGGGAGUUCUGUAUUCCCAGUCCCUCCGUGCUGGACCUGCAGAACUCCACACGCACUAGGAACCCCCAGCGUGAGGGCCAGUCCAGUGGCAACACGGUUGACAGGACAAAUCAGCAGGUAUGACUAGUCCUGGAGAUGUCAUCACUGGAGUCCCACUGCCAACCCAGUGUUGACAUGAGCUCGGAGGUCACGCAGGUCACCACAGGUGUCUAACACCCUCAUCUAUAGGACUUGCCGUAGGUUGAACCUCUUUAUGCAUCUUGCUAGGCCUCCCUUAAAGAGCUGUUUUACAAUUUUGGUAUGGAGAAAGACUGUUAAAGUAGAUUUCAGAGUGAAAUAUGAUAUAAAUACUAUAUUAUUUACCCCAAAUUACCCCGAUAAGCAGAGCUUAUUUCACUAUCUGUGAUGUUCACAGUCGUGCAUCUGAUGUAACUGUUAGAUUAGUCCAGUAUUGAAGAAGUAUAUAUAUAUAUAUUCUCUAAUAGUUGCCUCUUAAGUCCCCUUUAAUAUUUAAAUGUUAAUAAUUAUUUUAAAAGUGAUCACAUUGCUUUAUUUGUUGAAAGAAGAAAAUAGUAUGUACAGUAUUCACUUAUGCUCACAGAAAAUGUAAAUUAGGUAAGAUAAAAUUAUGUUUUUUUGAAAAUGUACAGCAUUCAGUGUCUUUCCCUUGAAACAUAUUGCCAUUUUAACCUGCUUUCAUGGACAACAAUGCAAUUUGGUUAAGCUGUCUUAUUCAAUUAUAUUCCUUUGGAGUGAUUGAAAUUAAUCAUCAAAUGACUGCUUGAAGUGACGUGCGCACAGUUUCUCUGAUUUACCAUGGACUUCAUAGAAAAGCCGAACACAAUAAGAAAUGCCUCUCGCAACAACGCAUAAUUUUCAUGCUUUGGUGGUGACAAAUGUAUUGUGCUUGUAAGCUGAUGCAAACCUCUUGUACUAAUGUAAAUGUCCAAUGUAAUUGUCUGAUUGUCACUCACAUUAAGACCUGUCUGAAAAUGUUUGAUGCUGUAAAAUAGAAGAUCUGUAUGCUGGUGUUUCUGUAUGUUUUUAUAUAUGCAGCAUUAUAAAUAAAUCAUUCACAACAGAA